AUGCUGUACGAGACCAACGCGCGCGUUCACGACAAUGGGAGACACCUUGACCUAUCGCAGUACAUCUGCAUCGGUCUCAUCAUCCUCAUCUCCUUCCUGCUUCUCAUCUACAUCCUCUUCGUCCGAUGUCGGUAUCUCCGCCGACGCACAUGCUCGAAAUGCGGACAGCGCGUCCAGGUGACCGGGCGGGAGAGGAUCGAGGGGUUCUGGCAGCGGGUGUGGCAUGAUACUUGCUGGCGCGAGCGGACCGGCACGACCGCGGCGGAAGAGGGCAGGGGCGCUCCGAGACGCGUGCACGCGAGGACAGCUUCGGACAGCGGGCAGACAUUGGUCUCCCCUCGACGAGUCGGAUCAUACAAGGGCUCCCCACUGGCUUCGCCUACUUGGACAACCACAUCUCCGGCCUCUUAUUCUCCCGUCAACGUCACUUUGGGCGACAAGGGCCUUCCAUCCGCUCCGGCUUCGACCGCCAGACCGUGUACUGGCAACGCCGCCAGCCCGCCCAUCCCUCCAGCCCAGCUCAACCAAGCAGUUUCUCAGAUCCGGCAUGACACCCCCUUACUAUACCCAAACUCCAACUCGGCAGUCGCCACGACUCAAAUCCCCCAUGCCGGGCCCAACAUCCCAUACGGCACGCCCUUUCUCAUCCUCAAUCCACCGCUCCUUCCCCCUCCAAGGGGCACGAGCAUGUACGUCGACCCAUACAUCCCACGUCACUCGUUCAGGACUACAACACCCCCGCGGCAGAUGGCUACGAUACAUGAAGGUCCAGCGCAUGCCGUUCCGCCUGUCACGCCUCCUUUGAGGGCUCAUGUUUCGCAAGAGGCGGUACCGGUCAUGGGGAGUCAUACGCUGGGGCAGACGACGCAGAUGGGGACUAGCAGAGGGGAGGUACAGGCGGUACUGAGCAUUGUGCCUCCAAGGGAGAGCUCGAGAGCUGGAGUGGCGAUGUAA